UCAAUGCAAAAUAUUGACUCAAUUGUGAAACAGAAAUAAGCGACAGUAGUAUCAUAAAAAUCAAGAACACUAGAGGAUGUUCUUGUUAUGCAUCAAAAAAGCCACUCGUCCAUUCAAGAACAUUUCUAGGGUUUCAAUUUGGAGACUAUUCUCAACAAACCCACUCACUAAACCCCAACUCAAAACCCUAAUUUUAAACCAAUACACUCAUGGCAAAUUCACUAACCUCAUCCAAAACGUCGUCGCUUCCCCUUGUUUUCUCCUCACUGCUUGUCACAACCUCAAACAAACCGACUCAUCUAACUCGCUCUCACCUCACUUUUCACUCGCCCAAAUGGCUCAACAGCUCGCCGAGAAUCAGUUCAAUAUCAAAGAUUGCUGCUUUACUCUUGGUGGGCCCCACGGUGAGUCCCUUGUUUUGCCUGAUUUGAAGCUUAAGGUUUUGAUUGAAGCUAUUAGGAUUGUGUUAGAAUGUGUGUAUGAUGAUAGGUUUGUUACUUUUUGUUACGGUGGGCGUGUCGGGAUGGGGAGACACACUGCUAUUAGGUACCUUAGGAAUUCUGUUGAGAAUCCUAGUUGGUGGUUUAUGGCUUGUUUCGAUAAUGUUGAGUUUGGUUCGAAGAAUGUGGAUAGGUUGUGUUUGGUUCUUCAGGAGAAGAUUAAAGAUGAGAUUUUUAUCGGGAUGAUUAAGGGGUUUUUUGAGUAUGGGGUGGUUAGGAUUGAGUUGGGUGGGUGUUGUUUAGGGAGAGGGUUUCCGGAGGAAUGUGGGUUGAGUGCGAUUUUGAUGAAUGUGUAUUUUAAUAAGUUUGAUAAAAAGAUUCAAGAAUUGAGGCUGCAAACCAAUUUAGAGAACCCCAAGUUAGAAUCGGAGGAUAAUGUUUUUCAUAAGCCGUUAAAGAUAUAUGCUGUGAGGUAUUUGGAUGAGAUACUUGUGAUUACGUCUGGUACGAAGAUGUUGACUAUGGAUUUGAAACAUAAGGUUUUGAGUUUAUUGGAAAAUGAUUUGGAGUUAAAGGUGGAUAGGGUGCGAUCGGCUAUUCAUAGUGCGGCUAAUGAAAAGAUUAAUUUUUUAGGUAUGGAAGUUCGGGCUGUCACUCCUUCGUUUUUGCACCCUCCGAUGUCAGAAAAGGCUAUGAGGGCGCAAAAGAAGUACCUUAGACAGAAAGAAGUUGAAAGAGAGGAGUUGAGAAAUGCUAGGGAGACUAGAAGGAAAAAGUUGGGUUUGAAAAUAAUGUCGCAUGUAUAUAAGAAGCUUAAGCGUGGUGAUAAACUUGAAUUUGAUUACCAAAUUGAAAAUGAAGUAACAGAAAUAUUUAGAACCUGGUCUAGUGAAGUGGUGGAGGAGUUUUUUGGAUCUAUUGAAGAGCGUUGGAGUUGGCACAGGAAGCUCAAAACUGGUGAUUUUUUGUCUUUAAAACGAAUAAGGGAUCAACUUCCGCAAGAGCUUGUUGAUGCUUAUGAUAACUUUCAGUAUCAAGUUGAUAAGCACUUGGCACCAGUGAAAGCUAAAAGCGCACUGGAGGAAGAAGAAAGAAGAGCUCAAGAGCAAGAGGAACAAAUGUACGCGGAAAGAACAGUCAAGGAUAUGACGAAGCUCUGUAUCAUGGUCAAUGCACCAAUAGAACUUAUUCGGAAGGCUGUUAGGCUGGCUGGAUUUACUAAUAUUAUGGGUCGUCCUAGACCUAUUAAUUCACUGAUGUCUCUUGAAGAUGUUGACAUUAUUAAGUGGUAUGCUGGUGUGGGUAGAAGAUGGCUCGAUUAUUUCUGCUGCUGUCACAACUUCAAGAUGGUAAAAAUUGUUGUAAGUUACCAUAUUAGGUUCUCGUGUAUUCUGACUUUAGCAGAAAAACAUGAAUCUACCAAGCGUGAGGCUAUCAAACAUUACACCAAGGACUUGAAAGUUUUCGAUGUUGAUAAUGCUGAAGAAGUGCACUUUCCAACUGAAAAAGAGAUUAAAAUGAUGGGAGAUCAAAACCUUUCGGAUCCAAAACCUGUAGACGGGACGUUGACAGUUAUUUUGAUAAGAUUGGCUUCUCAUGAACCUUUAUAUCGAUGCGUUGCUCAUUUCUGCAACAGAACAGAUACUAUUGUUUAUAGAAUACACCUGCUGCAAAAAAUUUGUAAUGUGAAUCCACGGGAUGAAAAGAAGUGGGUUCCAGGGAUGGGUGCAAUUCACGAAUCUUUCAAUCGAAAGUGCAUUCCCUUAUGUUCUGAUCACGCAAGUGAUUUUUACACAGGAAAACUAACUUUCCAGGAUAUUGACUGUACGUCAUUUGUUGAUGUGGACGAGGUGACUGCUGCUCCCUACCGCAGUUGAUGUGGUGCUGGGGUCAAUACACCAGUGUAUGCAACUCUCAGAGAAGUUGAACUACUGGUUUUUAAUCCAUCACAUUGAGGUUAACCACAAGAUAUUAUGUGUAGAGAGGUGGACAGUAAGCUUUUGUUGAGAAGAAAACAAGAUAUAUUAAGUUGAAAUUGCAGUUGAACCAAUACAAGAUGCUGGAAAUACCUUUUAUGGUAAACAGGUGCAUUGUCCAGCGUCAAAAGUGGACAGUAUGACAGUAUUUUAUUGAAAACUCUGUUGCUGGAUUUCUAUGCCAUGUGCGAUGACUUGGAUUCUUCAGAAAAGUUAAUUGGCUGCUGCUGAACCCUUGCUUAAGCAAUGUCAUUCUAGCUUACAGAGUUACAGUCAUCUGUGUCCCCUGCUUCUGGGUAGUUUUCAUGCCAACUGAUCAAUGAACUUGUUUGAGGACAAGACUGCACUGUUGGAAACAUCCAUUAUGAACAUGUUUUUGAGAUGUUAAAGCAUUUUAUAUGAGUAUCUGCUUUGACAGUAUGACUUCCAGGGAUCUUGUGGCAUGGACAUCGAUGAAUGAGGGUUUGGUACACAUGGAAUGGGUUAUGAAGCAAUGCAAAUUUUCCAUUCUAUGAUAGAGAAAGAAAUAGGACUAAACAGUGUUACCUUCUUAAGCUUACUUUUGUCUUGUAACCACUGUGGCCUGCUGAGAGAUGGCUGCAAAGUCUUCUAAUCCGUUAAAUCAAAAUCGCUGCACUUGCAUUGCUCAUCUCUUGGGUCGAUUUGGAAUGCUCAGAAGGGAAUCUCAAAAAGGCGUUGGUUAGUAUGUAUUCUUUAGUUGGUCAAUUUUACAAUGGUAGAAUCAAGCGCCAAGUACUUGCAUAAUUUGCUGUGCUCUUUGGAUCUAGAGAUGCUGGAUAAUGGAUACAACCUAGUUUGGGAGACUCUUAACUAAUUAGGAGCACAUUGGAACAUUAACUUUCCACAUUUUUUUUAUAUUUACAAUUAAGAGCGUGUUUGAAGAGCUCAUUAGAUUUUGUUGAGCUUUAUUCUGACAUCUUAAGGUUUGUACCUUAAGAUCAUAAGAUUGAUACCUUAAGAUUUUAGAGCAACAGUUGAUCUAUUGAAGCAACCUGUGUUGAACUGCAUAGAAACAUAACUUAUUCUCUCGUAAGAAUCUUGUAAACCAUAUAUAGCACCCUUCAAGUACUAACAGCAUUUGGCAAAAA